AUGUGGUCGUUGACAACAAUGAAUAUAAUGUUAGCCGUAUUCUCGAUGUUGAUGGCUGUGGUUGCGUUGGGAUUGUUGGCAUUUAUAAUCGCUCGCGAACACUACAUGCCAAAAGAAACAGCGAAGUUACAAUUUCGAGAACGAAUUAAACGCCACGAGAGUGUCGUUGUAGAUUUUCGUGAUCCAUCAACCGUUCCCGAUCAUUUCCUCCAGCUGAACACGCUGAUGUUCGAGAAGAGAAAACACCGCGCAAGCAAUAAUCAAAUUAAAGAAGUCGAGAAAAAUAUUUUGAAUCUCGCGGGAAUGGAGAAAAUGAUGACACCGAUAUCUGAAGAGGACGAAAUGUCACAACGAUCGCGCAGCAGUGUGGAUGGAACGACGAAAAAAGCUGAGUCAACGAGUUCAUCCGAGGGUUUUUAUUCGAAUUCCGCUCGUUCUUCUUCAAUUUCUUCAUCUUCUCCCUCAACUUCUACAUCAGAUUCGGAAGCCGAGUACGCCGAUGUUCCAUUGAAAGAUGAGAUAAUCCCAAAAAGCAAUAGUCCAAUUAUUCUCACCAAUUCGAUCACAAGAGCUAAACGGAGUUUCCCCUACGAGGAAUCGAUGAUUCCCAAGCAAUUAUCCGACAAUUCGAUCAAUCUCUCCCCAACUUCAAACACAAAAGAAAUCAUUUUAGAAUGCGGAAAUGAGUAUUCGUUGUGC